AUGUACACAAAACACCUUCAUCCUCUCAUUUGUUUUAGGUUGGUUAUUCAGUCUACUGCCAUCCUGCAUUCAUUACUCUGAGUAGCUUGUUGUACCUGUGUCGAGGUAAACAUGAGUUACAGGACUGUGGUGAUGUACAUGGAGAUUGGCUGCUUUGUGGUUUGUGUAUGUGGAUGGAUUCUGGUUUGUUCCACUAUGCCCACUGAGAUCUGGACUUGGUCUGAGGUAGACAGCAUUGUCCUGACUACUUCAAACUAUUUCUCUAACCUGUGGAAGGACUGUAUAUCAGAUUCAACUGGAGUAUCAGACUGCAAGGGGAUCCCAUCAAUGCUCGCACUGCACUGGGAAAUCCACUUCUGUCGUGCUCUCAUCAUUAUCUCCAUUAUACUGUCUUUCUUUGGCUCAGUUCUGGUCUUAGUGGGAAUGAAGUGCACUAAGAUUGGUGGUACAGAACUAGCUAAUGCACGAGUAACCUUUGCUGGGGGGAUGAACUACCUUAUUGGAGGGAUGUGUUCAAUGGUUGCCUUCUCUUAUUAUGGAAACAAAAUUAGAGCAGAAUUUCAAGACCCUUUGUUCAAAGCUCAGAAGUUUGAAAUAGGUGUUGGUGUGUUCAUGGGCUGGGCAGGCUCCACCUUACUUGUUGUUGGAGGCCUUAUUUACAGUAUCUUUGCAGGCCGGGAAGGCUGCCAACCAAGCCCUGAAAAAUAUCCUGCCUACCAGUACCCUGGCGCCUACACAGUUGCUCCAUCAAAAAAGAGCAUUAGAUCAUCCAUCCGCUCAGAGAUCAGUGAAGACAGGAAAACAAGGACGACCCGGGGCAGGAGAGCCAGCAGCAUCUCUGAGAUCACUGAUACCACCAGGACUUCGACCACGACUGAAUAUGUGUGA